UUUACAAUCUAUGGUAAUAUAUAAUUUACUCCUUCAAACGGACAAAAGGAAUAUUAUCGUUCUUUUUUGUUUGUAGUAAUUUUGUUUUGCACGCCUACUCAUAUUUAUUAUGUGCCAAUUUUUAUCGAUAAGUGGGUCCACUAUCUACUAUUGUGCUGUAUUUUUUUGUUUUUCUGUGAAAUAAAAACAUUCUAUUCUAUAUGUUAUGAGGUCCGUAUUGGUACAUGCAGCAAGCCUGUACUCAGGAUAUUGUCUCAUGCCAUAAUAAGGAAGGAAUAGGAUAUGCUUUGCAAUUACUAAAUUCACGGCGAAUUCAUUUCAUACUGGUAGUGUUUUUUUUAUAAUUUAGAAAAAAUGUUCCGAAGUGAUUGGGAAAGUGUUAAGAAAUGUUCCAGUUUUGGAUCUUAUCCACCACUUAUAUUUCUUGACUCAAAUCUUGAAAAGAAUCCUGAUAAAUUUUACAUUAGCUGUGGAAUGGUUAUGCAACGCAUCUUGGCGUGGUAGUUCGGAAUUGAAAGAAAAACAAGAGGAAAACGAGUGGUGGUGCGACGCAGCAGGUUGUGUUUGGCCAUCAGAAACAAAUGAACUUGGAAGGUGAGAAGAUGCCGACGCCUCCGCUGGACAUGGACUGGUCGCCAUCCGGUGCUUCUCUGCUGGCAUCGCGGACCCACAACCCGAUCAGGACCGUCGUCGAGGGGUGCAAACUGAAGCCGUGCCCUGGCAAGCCGAUGAUCGCGCUUUCUCUCGGAGACCCAACAGUGUUUGGAAACUUAAACCCACAUGAAGAAGUCAUUUGCAAUGUUAUUGAGUCACUUAAAUCAUCGAAAUUCAACGGAUACGGUCCCUCAACUGGUCUUGAAGAAGCUAGGAUAGCUGUGGCUGAUUAUUCAUCAACAAAAAACGUUCAAUAUAAUAGCAAGGAUAUAAUAUUGACAAAUGGAUCUUCUGCAGCCAUUGAUUAUUGUAUAACAUGCUUAGCCAAUCCUGGACAAAAUAUUUUAAUACCAUUUCCUGGAUUCCCAUUGUACAGGACAUUAGCCGAAAGCCUUGGAAUAAAAACGAAACCCUACAAUUUGAUGCCAACUAAAUCCUGGGUAAUUGAUUUGAAUCAUCUGAGAAGCCAAAUAGAUGAGAAUACAGUUGCCAUUCUCAUCAACAAUCCAUCGAAUCCAUGUGGCUCAGUCUUCAGUUAUCAGCAUCUCAAGGACAUUCUACAAAUUGCAAGGACCCACCAUUUACCGAUCAUUGCUGAUGAGAUUUAUGAGAAUAUGGUUUUCAGAGGUCAGGAAUUCUUCCCAAUUGCUGACUUAUCAGAGGACGUCCCUAUACUGACAUGCAGUGGACUUUCAAAAAGAUUUCUUGUGCCUGGUUGGAGAGUUGGUUGGAUAAAGAUUCAUGAUCCUAUCGGAGUUUUCACGGAGAUCAGGAAAGGGCUUGUGUCUAUCAGCCAGAAGACGCUUGGAUGCAGUACUAUCAUUCAAGGUGCUCUACCAAGAAUACUAACUGGAGUACCUCAAGCAUAUUUUGAUGGUGUUAUGGAUACAAUAGAGAAAACAGCGAAAUUGGCUCAUUCGUUGAUCAACGAGGUGAAAGGAUUAUACCCUAUUAUGCCACAAGGAGCUAUGUAUAUGAUGGUAAUGAAUGGUUUUUAUUUUUAGGGCCGGUUUUCGAGCUCGGUAUUUAGCUAAGUUCUAGGCUUUAAACAGCUGGAGUCAGAAAAUUGGCUUUCUGAAACGGGGCGUAGUCGUAGUCAUAGUCACGUUUAAAUUAAAUUUCGAAAAACUAGAAAAUUGAAGACAAAAUAAUGUAAAGUUUCGGCUAUUUUGAAUUGGAUUUAAUUAAGUUAAAUUUGGGAGAAACAAUCGUGUAAGCUGACAUGUAUGAGAUCAUUAAUUUUACUUAUAGGAUGAAUGCGUAACGAUACUUUGAAAAAUAUUCAUAACCAUCCGAGAUAAAAUUGUUCAUAUUUUAUUGAAAAACAUAGCUCUUACAUGUCAUAACGGAAUUAUUUAUUCUAUCGGAAAAAGACAGGUUUAAAUAGUAUACAUUUAAUUUCUGUAAUUUAAUAAUUGAUUUAUCAAUUCAGUAAUAGCUUUGUUUCAAUCUAUUUUCUUUUCAAUUUGCAGUGUUUUGACUACCCGAAUUACAUGCGAGUUGUACUGACACUCCCAGAGGAACUGAUUUUAGAGGCCUGUAAAAGAUUCAAAGAAUUCUGUGGACGUUACUACAAAGAUGUCAAGGAAAUACAACAGGGAGAAGCACCAAUAAUAUUACAUGAAUAAAAUAAUAAUAUUAUUCAAUAGUAUUUUUAGGAUAGGCUUCCUAGUUUAUAAAUUUUCGUGUUAGCUAGUUAGUUAAGUAAGCUACUCAGUUUAUAAGUUUCACUGAAACUUAUUCCAUAGUAUAAUAAUGCCAACAAAUUAAUAAUUGCUCUCGAUAAAUUAGAUUCAUUUAAUUCAUACUGUUUUAUUGAAUAAAGUUGAAUUAUAAAUUGC